GUGUUACCGCUUAUAAAAUAAAAAACAAUUAAGAAAAAAAAAACCCAAAAAACCAAAAACAAGAACCGUUAACGGUUUUUUUGCGGAAGUAUGUUCGUCAAUUAAAUGCCUCCGCCCUGCCUUUCCCUCCGGUGUUUAACACAGAGCUUUAGCUGAGCGGCCGUUUGACUUGUAUUAGCCGGCCGCUUAACGAAACACGUUCGCUUUCGCUGGAGUAAUUGUCCGGAACUUUGCUUUCGAAGUGGGUUAAAGGGGAGCGACGUUAACUCGCGAUGGCGCCGGAGGUAACUGCUCGAGCUGUCUUUCAGCAUGCGCUCUGAGAAGGACGUGCUGAUGAAGCAUUACAUCAAGAUGAUGACUGAUAUGAUCGUGCUGUGCGCCACUCUGGCGCUCUCCCUCUUCUUCUGGGUCGUCUCCCUCACCAUCAGCACCUACUAUGGCACACUGCAGCCAGUGUCUCCGUGGCGGUGGUUGUUCUCCAUCUUGGUUCCCCUCGUGCUGACGGUCAGGGCGCUGAAGAGACGCACUCUGGAUCGCUCAGGAGCCCUGGGAGCUCUCCUGGUGGGGUUUGUGUUGACGAUGGCCAACUUAAGCUUCUUUUCCUCUCUGCUGGCCUUCUUCAUCACCUCCUCCAGACUGACCCGCUGGGGGGGAGCACAGAAGAAGAAAAUAGACGCAGAGUACAAAGAAGGGGGUCAGAGGAACUGGAUUCAGGUCUUCUGUAAUGGAGGAGUUCCUACAGAGCUGGCAUUGCUGUAUAUGAUAGAGGUGGGUCCAGGUGAGAUCCCCAUUGAUUUCAGUAAACAGUACUCCGCCUCCUGGAUGUGCCUCUCUCUAGUGGGCGCGCUCGCGUGCAGCACCGGGGACACCUGGGCAUCAGAGGUGGGACCCGUCCUCAGCAAAUCACAGCCUAGACUCAUCACCACCUGGAACAAAGUCCCGGCAGGAACAAACGGAGGAGUUACUCCCGUCGGACUGGUCGCCAGCUUCCUCGGCGGACUUGCGGUGGGCGUCGCUUACUUUGUAACACAGGUUCUAUUGGUCAGCGACCUGCACAUGUCGGAUCCCCAGUGGCCAAUCAUGGUGUACGGCGGUGUGGCUGGCCUGCUGGGAUCGAUGCUGGACUCUUUCCUGGGAGCUCACAUGCAAUACUCAGGCUUCGACUCGAGCAUUGGGAUGGUGGUGAGUUACGAGUCCGCCACCACCCAGCGGAUCUGUGGGAAACCCAUCUUGGACAACAAUGCGGUCAACCUGUUCUCCUCCGUCCUCAUCGCCCUCAUUCUGCCUGGGCUGGCGUGGGGGCUGUGGCCACGAUAGGCCGACUGCUGAUUUCUGACGUGUGAGGCGGCGAACAGACUCCAGAGGGCAGACGUUGUUCAGAGGUAUUACUGUUUUUAUUUCAGAGUGUCUGAGAGAAAAGGCACUAAACCAAACCGGGACAGUGACAUUGACUUUGAACGGGAGAGAGAUGCCGAGAAGUGGAGUCGGGUUUAAAUUAACAUAUACAAAGUUUAACAGGCAUACAAACGCAUUCACGCACUCACACACAGCUUUACUAUGUACAGAUUUCCUGAUUGAUUAAAUUCAUCAGGCGCCGUUAAAGGAAAAUCCCCCUCAAAUGUGUUUGUCAGAACAUCAUGUAGUGUUGAAUUGUUUUCUUAAAGCCAACUAUCCUGGACUUCGCCAACGCAUGAAACAACCCUGACACCAACAUAUCAAACUCUUAAAUUAUAAAUAAUAAUCUUCUUCCUGCAAACUGAGACAAGCUUUAUAAUGUUGACGAGCCGUUAAGCCCCAUUCAGAAAAUAAAUCCAGUCUGAAUGGGGAUCUUCUGAUUAUCUUUGCAUCCAACUGUACAUACUUAAAUGGGGGGAAAAAAAAAUCCCAGAUUGCCUCUUCCUUUAACAAACUAAAAUAUAAUAUAUAAAUGAUUGUUUUGUCAUUUUGACUGGUGGUUGUCUUAUUUCGCUGAAGCAGACAUCUCUAAAUUUCUGAGCAAACACGCAGCACAGCCUUUUUUUUUAGCUGUGAUAUUUUAAGCCCAGAUGCUCUUUACCGAAGAACUGUAGUGUCACUGUAACAGGUUUUAGUUUAGACAGAGCAAUAGGGGCCACUGCUGAAGUUAUUUUGAGGAAAAAAUAUGGUGCAUAUUAAGUGAUAUCAUGAAAAUGUAAGUUGUAAUUUUACAAGAAAAGUGUCACAUUUUGAGAAUGAAGUCAAAAUUUUGGGG